GUGCUGAGAGUUAGAGCGCACAAGGUAGAAAUGUUCCAUUGCUUCAGACAGAGAGGCUGAGAAAAAGCCUUGAAUGCAAAGAGGGAACACAGUUGUGCAUUUCAAGAGGGAAAACUUGGGAUGUUUGAACCUGAACUUGUUUGUAACUGUUAUGCUUUGAAGUGUAUAUAGACCUUGAGUUAUGUUCUCUGAAGGUUGAAUGCUGUAACUUUGCGACACUACAAUGGAAAAAGUGAGUGAAAAUUUGAGUUCAUCUUGAGGUUAGAAAUACUGUGUUUACUUAUACCCUCACACAGCUUCUUUUGUGUAAUAACAACACAGAGACUAUCACACUGUGAUAGUUUGAUAGCUGUAAAUUAAUAAUUUGGCUUAAAAGAACACGAGGUAUUUAGGGUUACGUACUCACUAAGUUAGAGGCAGGAUAAAGCUCUGAGUUCCUUGCUUCCUGCUCUGUCUGCAUAGCACUGUAUCUUGCUUCAUCCCUACCUCACUUGUAAACAAAAGCUGGAUAACCAGCUGAAAAAUCUUGAUCUCAUCUUCACGACAACCUCAAAAAACUUUAAAAAUCGUUCUUGCAUUGGCCACUGCCAUCUAUUUUGAGCAAUCAACAGUGAGAAAUCCCUCAGUCUCUUCUGCUGGCAUAGCUCCAUAAGCCCUGGUGACAGCACAUGCUUUGGUCCAACCUAAAUGACCGGCCUUGUGAGAAGGAGGAGCAGCAGCGCUGCACAGCGCCGUGUUGCACCACAGCUCCAUCUUGCAGUGCAUCUGUGGUCUGACAGCGCUAUUUUUGGCCCUUCCAUCACGUGUGAGAGAGAGAGAGAAAACAGCUUUCUUCCGUGUGGCUUCUGCUUGCCGGUGCCCGUAUGUGAGGCUGGGACAACUGCUGCACGCGCUGCCAUUUGGUGUGCGGAGAUGCGUGGCUGUGAGCACACGGCGCAGGCGGGAUGUGAGCAGCUGUCGGCUUGCAGGCUGCAGGGCGAGCACAGGGAUUUUAUGCUGAUAUGAAGCCUCUCUUGGCCCUCUGACCAAACCCUACUGUUCUCACCUCAGAGAGUAGAACUUAGCCACUGGGAAAGACUUCUGUGCUGAUACUGCAAUGCUGAGUGCCAGCUUGACCAGUGUGAAGAGCCAUCCUUUGAAGAAGAGGAUCUAUUUCCUGCUGAAACUCGUGUGCUUUGUCAGCUCUGUGCUAAUAUUUUGUGAAUUUUUCAUUUAUUAUGUGGUAAUUUUUCAAUGUCGAUGGCCGGAUGUGAAAGGUGGGGCUCACACAGCUAAUGAAGAGACCUCAGCUUCAGUCCUGAAGGCCAUGUUUUUAGCUGAUACUCACCUGCUUGGUGAAAUCAAAGGACAUUGGCUGGAUAAACUACGAAGGGAAUGGCAAAUGGAGAGAGCUUUCCAAACUGCUUUGUGGUUGCUGCAGCCAGAUAUUGUUUUUAUUCUGGGAGAUGUCUUUGAUGAAGGAAAAUGGGACUCACCUCAGGCAUGGGCAGAUGAUGUCAGGAGAUUUCAGAAAAUGUUUAAGUAUCCAGUUACUACUGAGCUGGUGGUUAUCGUUGGGAAUCAUGACAUUGGGUUUCAUUAUGAAAUGACCACUUACAAGGUACAUCGAUUUGAAAAAGUUUUCAACUUUACUUCAGGAAAGCUAAUAACUCGAAAAGGAACGAACUUUGUCCUCGUGAACAGCGUGGCCAUGGAGGGCGAUGGCUGCACCCUGUGCCGCACUGCAGAGGCGAAGCUUGUGGCGCUUUCUCACAGACUGAACUGCUCCCAGCAGGAACCGAACCAUCCUGAGAAGAAGUGCAGUGAUGGAGAAAAGCCUCCAGCUUCACAACCAAUCCUUCUGCAGCAUUACCCUCUCUAUCGGAAAAGUGAUGCAGAAUGCAGUGGAGAAGAUGCUGCCCCUCCGGAGGAGAAGACCAUCCCAUUUAAAGAGAAGUAUGAUGUGCUGUCUCAGGAAGCAUCACAAAAGCUGCUGUGGUGGUUCCAUCCCCGCCUGAUUCUCAGCGGGCACACGCACAGCGCCUGCCAAGUGCUGCACACGGGGGGGAUCCCGGAGAUCAGCGUCCCGUCGUUCAGUUGGAGGAAUAGAAACAACCCUAGUUUCAUCAUGGGCAGCAUAACACCAACUGACUUCUCCCUCCACAAAUGCUUCCUUCCACGUGAGAGCAGAGUCUUCGCUAUAUACUGGGCAGCAGGAGCCCUGCUCGUCAUCCUGGUGCUAGCUCAUUUUCAGCUUCUCACUCCACCAUUUUAUUUUGCUCAGCGUUUAAUCAGUAAGCAUAAAGCAGCAUGAAGAGCCAGACAUCUGCAUUCAGUCACUGAAAUACCAAAGCUGAGAACAGUCAAACAUCAGACUAUAUUCAUGCCAGCAAAUGACCUAAUUUGAUUGCUAGUCUGAAGGCAGGUUGCAUUUACACAUACCAUAGAAGUCCUAUACAGCUGAUAUGACUACUACAGGAUAAAUAAUUAACUGAAAUGAACGUUCCAUGCUGUACAAAAAUACUGUAUUCUACAAUCAAAUGAGUCCUUUUCCUGCUAUAAUUUUUGUAUCAAAUAUGUAUAUUAAAAGUGUAACUGUACAUUA